UCCAACUGUGGAGAUGAUCCUAGGCAGCUGGGGGCGCAGUUCCUGCACCCGGCGACCCACCCUACUGGAACCUCAGCUGGACGGAGCCUGCUGGAGUGGAGCUCUGAAGAGGGAGGAAGCGGCUCUUCGAGCGGAAGAUGGCGAUUGCGUGGAAGCUGCAGAGGAGUCAUCGGAGCUGAUAUAGGGAGGGAGGAGAGGAAAAUACACACAGACAGCUCUGCAAAUAACACACCUGAAACUACGAUUCAGUUGAAAGAAGCACAGUAAGGAAGUGGUGGACAAAUCACGGAUAAGCAAGUACAAUAAUGUCCCUAUCCCCUGACAAUGAAAAUGGAUACUUUGUUGCCAUGGAUACAGAGGAUGAUGGUACAGAGACUGCUGGGAUAACAGAAGAAGAGGAGACAAAGAUGGGGUCCUGUAGACAAGAAGGGGACGUGGACAGCUGUGCCAAAGAUAAAGGGAGAACAAUGGUUGAGUUGCCAGAGGAAGUUCUAGAAUAUAUUUUAUCCUUCCUCUCACCUUACCAGGAGCACAAGACCGCUGCGUUAGUGUGUAAGCAGUGGUAUCGUCUCAUUAAAGGUGUAGCUUAUCAAUGUUACCAUGGUUUCUUGAGAGCUGUUCAAGAGGGAAAUAUCCAGUGGGAAAGUCGGACAUACCCAUAUCCUGGAACCCCGAUCACUCAGCGCUUCUCACACAGUGCGUGCUAUUACGACUCGAACCAGUCCAUGUAUGUGUUUGGGGGUUGCACUCAAAGUAGCUGCAACGCUGCCUUCAAUGAUCUAUGGAGACUUGACCUCAACAGCAAGGAGUGGAUCCGUCCUUUAGCCUCAGGCUCCUAUCCUUCUCCUAAAGCUGGAGCGACUCUAGUGAUGCACAAAGAUCUGUUAGUUUUGUUUGGGGGAUGGACGCGGCCCAGCCCUUAUCCUCUGCACCAGCCAGAAAGAUUUUUUGAUGAAAUCCACACAUAUUCCCCAUCAAAGAACUGGUGGAACUGCAUAGUAACGACAAACGGACCUCCACCUAUGGCUGGACACUCAUCAUCUGUUAUUGGAAACACCAUGGUGGUGUUCGGUGGAUCAUUAGGAGCACGUCAAAUGAGUAACGAAGUCUGGGUUCUGGAUCUGGAGCAGUGGUCCUGGUCCAAGCCUUCAAUAUCGGGUCCGUCACCCCACCCGCGAGGAGGCCAGUCACAAAUUGUUAUUGAAGACAAGAUUUUGCUCAUCCUGGGAGGCUGUGGUGGCCCUAAUGCUCUCCUUAAGGAUGCGUGGCUCCUCCACAUGGAAACCCCAGCAUGGAGGUGGCAGCAGCUGCAGGUGGAGAACGAGGAACAUGGAGCUCCUGAGUUGUGGUGUCACCCAGCUUGUAGGGUGGGCCAGUGUGUGGUGGUUUUCUCCCAGGCUCCAUCUGGCCGCGCACCGCUCAGCCCCAGUCUUAAUUCUCGACCUUCUCCGAUAAGUGCCACACCGGCCCCUCUGGGCCCCGAGCCGCCCUCCCUGCGCUCUCAGUCUCCCAUUCGAAGCGGGGCCGCCGGUGUUGUCCUGGGAGCCGCUGAAGAGGCCCCGUGUGUAAACGGCAGAUGGGGUACCCUGAGACCUCGACCCUCCGCGAGAGGAAGUGCCAGAGAUGGGAGCCCAUCCUCGUCCCAGCAGCCAUCUCCGUCACAGGGUCCGGACAGCCCUCCCCUCCCUCCACUUCCCCCUCUGAUAAAUGGAUCCUCCCCAUCUCCUCGGACCAGCCCGGCCCAGGGGGGCUCUCCUCCCUCUCGCCCUCACUUGCCUGGCUCCAAUGAGUACGGUUGGGAGUCUCCCCCCUCUGCCGCUCAUCACCCUGAGGUUCCAAGCACCAACGGCCUGCACACACCUCCUUCAGUCUCCCCUCUCACACCCCCCGGAGCGGUGUCUCCUGCUGCUUUAAGACGAGGGCUGGAGGCAGUGAAAAACAAAUCUUCCUCGUCUUUACCUUCGUCAUCGUCUUCCUUUCACACCCAGGGGGCUUCUCCUGUAGGAGGCAGCAGUGGAGGGGGAGGAACUGGUCCUUCUGGAACCCCUCCCUCCUCAUCCUCCAGCCCCCCACAAGCUGACGGACAUGCUAUCCCACCUAUAGCACGGCGCCUGGGUCAUCACCCCCCUCAGAGCCUGAAUGUAGGAAAGCCCCUGUACCAUUCUUUCAACUGCAAGCCCAUGCAGAUGUACAUGUUGGACGUGUCGCGGGCCAAAUCCCAUGGGGUCGUGUCCUGGAAGGUCUAUGGUAACGGGACUCCUGCUGCCGUUACAGGACCGCCAGAGACGAGCCUUCACACUGUGGUACAAGGCAGGGGUGAGCUCAUCAUUUUUGGGGGGCUCAUGGACAAAAAACAAAAUGCAAAGUACUACCCUAAGACCAACGCCUUGUACUUUGUACGCGCUAAAAGGUAAUGCAUCUUCAGGUUGGAUUGGGAAGACAGAUGCUUUAUCCUGUGAUCAAACAAGGGAACUGACACACAAGGCCUUUUAUCCUGUAGGAAGGAUUAAAAAUAUAAUUGUUGCUAGAUGUUUCACUUGAGAAAUUCACUAUUGUCCCUUCUGCCUACUGCAAGCAUUCAGAAAGAAAACACUUUAAUGACACUUUGGUAAACAUGCUUGAAUGAGAAUCUUUGUGUGCAAGUAUGCUUGUGACUAGUCAGUCGAGGGAACUGGACUUUGGUCUUUUGUGGUUGUUUCCCCAAAAGGUGAACUAGACAUUAACAUUUCUUUUUUUGUGAGUGUGACCCCCCUGAACUCUUUAAAAGAAACUGGAAGAGCAGACUGGUUAAUGACUACUUUGCUUUUUCUAUCACUCUUUAAAAGCCUGCAAUGUUUACAUUGAAGUCAGUUUGAGCGUGUGUGUUUGUGUGUGUGUGUGAGUGCACGGCAUUGGUUAAAAGUUGUUGACUAGUGUGUGUCGGGGGGCACGGGGGCUGAGAGAUGUGGUACUGUACUAUAAACAGCUGAACAAUAAAGGCCUCCUCCAUGUCUGCUCUGUCA